AUGAUAAUCCUAGUGGCCAUCUACACGCUCGGCGCUGUUUUGGUCACAGCGUCCCAAAACAUUGGCAUGUUCAUCGCGGCACGGGCAAUCCAUGGCUUUGCAGCAGUCAGCUUCAUCGCAGCCACAUCCACAUACAUCGCCGAACUCUCCCAGGCAGAAACCCGAGGAUUCUUCACCGGCCUUACAGGCGUGGCCAUUGCCUGUGGCUACACCGUUGCUGCAUUGAUGGGCCUCGCCUUCUCGUAUACGACAAAUCCCGACGUGCAAUGGAGAACGCCCCUCGGCUUAUGCAUGGUUCCGUCCACCUUUCUCCUGGCGGUCCUGCUGUUCUGGGCCCCCGAGUCCCCUCGCUACCUGCUUCUCAAGGGCCAGGUGGAAGAUGCAUGGCAAAUCGUCAGCAAACUCCACCACGACCCGCAGGACCAUAACCAGGAAUACAUCAAGGAAGAGUUCUUCCAGAUGCGGACGCAGCUGGAGCUGGACAGGACCCUCGACUCUUCGUGGUACACGAUGUUCGCGAAAGCUUCAUACAGAAAGCGAACGCUCAUGGCAGCCCUAGUGACGUUCUUAGGUCAGACCACUGCCGUUCUUGUUGUUGCUGCCUAUGGUCCUUCUCUCUACGCUGCCCUGGGAUUCGAUGUCAAGCAAAGCCUGAUUCUACAGUGUGGCUGGAUUGCAGGCUCCAUCCCGGCAGCGAUCAUCGGUGUCUCGCUAUGUGACCGAUUCGGACGCAAGCCGUUCAUUAUGACCGGCUACGUCGGGUGCGUCGUGGCCCUGGUGAUUCUCACGGCCAUGGAAGCCGUCUACGCUCCUUCAGGAACCAACAAAGUUGGCCUUGGCUGGGCCGUGGCAGCUUCGUACCUCAUCGUGAUCUUCUACUGCUUGGGUGUCGAGGCCUGUGGCGCCCCAUUCUACUGUGAAAUCUUCCCGACACACAUUCGCGCCAAAGGCGUUUGUUUCAACAUCUUCGUCAACAGUGCCGCCAACCUGCUCUACCUCGAAGUGGCACCCACGGCUCUACAGACUAUUAAAUGGAAAUUCUUGCUGGUCUUCAUCUGCGUUCUCUCCACCGGGUCGGUUCUCUACUGGUUCUGGGUUCCGGAGACGAGAUCUGUGCCUCUGGAGGAACUCGCUCUGAUCUUCGGUGACACCGACGAGGUCAAGGUUUACUCGUCUGACAUCACCAUCAAGGACGACGGGGAAGUAAUUGCAGAGGACCAUCAUCUUCCCGGGCACAACUUGGUGGUAAAGCCAGAGUCAGAGGUCGUUUUGCAUGAGAAAGUCUAG